GAGCGGCUGCUGCGGGCGCCAGAUGCCCGGCGGCCGCGGGGAGAGCGCCGGCCGUGCCAUGCGGCCCCUGGACAGCGCCGGGGCCGCCGAGCCGGUGGAGUCCGGGCUGCCGCUGACCGUCGGGGAGCCGCCGGGCGCGGGCGAGGAGCCGGCGGCCGCCGAGCCGGCGGGGACGCCCGGCCGCGGCAGGUGCGGGCUGUGCCUCUCGGCGCCGUGCAGCUCGUGCGCGCAGCCGGAAGCCAAGAAGAAACCCUGUCCUGGACUUGGCUUAGUUUACACAUUAUUGUCUGCCUUCCUUUUCUCAGUGGGCUCUGUGUUUGUUAAAAAAGUACAAGAUGUCCAUGCUGUAGAAAUUAGUGGAUUUCGAUGUGUGUUCCAAAUGCUAGUCAUUAUUCCUUGCUUAAUAUACAGAAAAACUGGAUUUAUAGGCCCGAAGGGUCAGCGGAUCUUACUCAUUUUCAGAGGCGUCCUCGGUUCUACUGCCAUGGUCCUUUUCUACUACGCUCUGCAGGCAACAUCGCUCGCCGACACCACGGUCAUCACGUUCAGCAGCCCCGUGUUCACGUCUCUGUUUGCCUGGAUAUUCCUCAAGGAGAAGUACAGCCCCUGGGACGCUCUCUUCACCGUGUUCGCCAUCACCGGCGUGAUCCUCAUUGUCAGGCCACCGUUUCUGUUUGGGUCCAGCAGCACAGAGGCCGGCCAGCGCUAUUCAGUCCACCUGAAGGGCACCUUUGCCGCCGUGGGACACGCCGUCUUCGGCGCCGGGACGCUCGUGAUCCUCAGGAAGAUGGGGGUGUCCGUGGACUACUUUCUGAGCAUCUGGUAUUACGUAGUACUCGGCCUCAUGGAGUGCGUCGCCAUCCUGUUUGUCCUGGGAGCGUGGAGCCUGCCCAACUGCGGGCUGGACAGGCUAUUUCUUGUCCUGAUUGGCCUGUUUGGCCUGGGCGGCCAGGUGUUCCUCACCAAGGCCCUCCAGAUAGAGAAGGCAGGACUCGUUUCCAUAAUGAAGACCAUGGACGUGGUCUUCGCGUUCAUCUUUCAGAUUCUGUUCUUCAAUGACAUGCCCACCUGGUGGACAGUGGGUGGCGCUCUGUGCGUCGUAGCCAGCAGCACGGGGGCCGCCAUUCGGAAAUGGUGCCAGGGUUCCAAGUGAAGCAGCACCUGGCCCCGUGUGUCAGGUUUCUGGGCGCUCCCACCCACUCCAGGCACCACGCUUGCACACCACGUUGGAGAAUGUGCAUUUCCUGCACCCGUGGGACUGGAUAGAUUCCGUAGCGUACCAUUUUGAAUGUGGUAUGUCUCUAGUCGUAGAGCACUCAGUUGGUUUGGGAGAGCAGUUCUUCCCUCCUCCCCCGUCAGUUUUGUUGUUGCUGUUGCUGUUGUUGUUCUUUUUGGAUUCUUUCCCCAUUCUUGCUAGGGUGGCAUUAGAAAAAGGACUAGCUCAUUAGUCCUUUUCAUAAACAACGUUUAUAACUAUUAUGAAUAGGUGUAUUUUUUUAGAUUGUAUUUUUGGUACUGCAGACCACGUGGAAGGAGGAAAUUUCCAGACAUUCUUUUAGUGUAGAAGAAAACUAUUGAUAAUGAUGCUGCUAUAAUAAAUACGUUUGAUAAUUCAUUUGAAACAUAAUUCCGUUUAGGAGGCCAAAGCUGACACUUGGGCAAGGUGCCUACUUAAUGAUGCUCACAGUAUGACUGAAUUGGCCUUAUUUUCAAGGCUUUAUGAUUUAUCAUUUUUCAAUCCAUAUUUGUGCCUUUUCGUUUCAAUGCUGGAAUUUCUAUAUGUAAACUUUUUCAAGUUUUAAAAUAACCGAAUUUAUCUUAUAGUUUUCUGCUUUGUUCGCUUUAGUACUGGCUGUUAUCAUUCAAUUAUUUUGUCUUUUUUUUCUAAAACUGCACAAAAUUUUUCUUAACUUUUGAAGAUUUCUGGUUUAUAAAUUACACAAGAGGAAACUUGGCAUGGGCUUUGUGCACAUUUCCAUCCUGGCAUGUUUCCACACAUCAGAAAUGUAAUUUUUCUAGAGAUUUUUUUUGAAUUUAUAGCGUGAUGCCAACCAAAUAAAAUUUUCUCAGGAUUUCAUUAGGUGGGACCAUGUAAAAUGGUUGGGAUUUUUACCUUUUUAACAUUACAAAAACCAUAAUUUCCUAUGGUUCCCUCUAAUAGAUACCUCUCUUUCCCUCCAAACCAAAUAUUAGAGGAAGUUGGAACAUAUAUUUUUCAAGUAACUUUUUAAAAGUACAUCAACCCUAUUAAACUUAUUUUUAUAGAUUUUUUCCUUUAUGAAAUUACAUGUAGUAGUAAUGCUUCAUGUUAUGUUAAAUGUAAAAUCCAUGGUUGUUGACUUUUUUGUAAUUUUUUGAAUGGAAAAAAUUACUGUGUCAGUAUGAUAUUAAAUGUCAAUGCUGCACCAUGAUACUAACAUCAUGAACUUGAGCAACAUAUAUUUAUAUCUGGAACUUCAACAGGCCAACACUCUAGAGUUAAAAAGAGAAUUUAGGGUCUGGAUAAAUAGCACAGUGAGUAGGGUGUUUGUCUUGCUGUCCUGGGUUCCAUCCCUGGCAUCCCAUAUGGUCCCCCAAGCAGGCCAGGAACGAUCCCUGAAUGCAAAGACCUGAGCAUCCCCAUGUAUAGCCCCUAAACAAAACCAAACAAAAUAAGAAAAGAGAGAAUUUAGUAUCUAGGAACGCUUGAGAGAUUAAAUCAGGAAGUAGGGAGUACAUGCAACACAUUUUUUGAACUCUUUAAUGGUUAGGCAGUAAUGGCCUCCAAUUCUUAUUGUGCAAGACCAGCAUCUAUUAUUUUCCUAAACCUCAACAUUUGAAAGAUUAUAGGUUCUUUCCCACCCACUAAUCACAACUCUUCCAAAGUGAGAAGGAACUUGGCUUCUAAGGGUUAUGCCCUGGUGAGAAAGGACCAUUUCCAGUAAUAUCAGAAGAGAAUUUUUGACUUGUGGAUUUUUUCAAAUGGUUUCAACCUAACAAAUCCUAAAUGAAGCCUGAUUAGGAGAGUCAUCUCUAUCAUUAUAACUUUAGCCUAAUUUUCAGUACUGGAGUUUAGAGUUACAAACACACCAUUUGCAAGUACCUUAGAUAAUUUUAGAAUUGGAGCAUUUUAGAACUCAGGGGCUAGAAAUUCUCCAGUAGAAGUCUUGCUUCUAUAUGCUUGGGAUGCUUGGGAGGAAACUUACCCGGGAUGGGUUUCUGUGGCCUUUUCCCCCCUCCCUUCGUCCCAUGAUAAAAUAUGGAAAAUAAACCAUUAUUUGAGCUACCUAAGGUUAAUUAACUCUCAGGAAACCUCUCCUAAUUCUUUUACUUUGCACAGUAAAAGAAUUUAUGGGACCUUGAAAGUUAAAUCCCUUUGGGCCUAUACAUUAGAUAAAUGUUUUAUUUCAACUGUGUGGGUUAAGUGCUUGAAUGUCACAAAAUGUUUCUUCUCCCAACUUUUUUUCACAGAGGGUAAUUCUUCAACACUUUUAUAAUGCCCAGGAUACAUACAUAGACAUGUAUUAUAACAAUUAUGUAUAUGUAUAUUUUGCAGAAUUGUAGUCUAUGUUGAAAAGGAAAGUAUUUUCAUAAAUUGUUUUUAUUUUAUAAGCACUAAUAAAAUUAAUAUGAAAAGGCA